AUGAAAGGUGGCGAAACCAAAACCGAAUCGAAGCACACUGAUGAACGAUUGAAAACGAGAGGUAAGAAAGCUGGGAAGAAAACCAAGGAUCCAAACAGACCUAAGAGACCUGCAAGUGCUUUCUUCGUCUUCCUCGACGACUUCCGACGUGAGUUUAAUCAAGCUAACCCUAACAACAAAUCAGUCGGAACUGUUGGUAAAGCUGCUGGUGCGAAAUGGAAAUCGAUGAGUGAUGAAGAGAAAGCUCCUUAUAUAGCUAAAGCAGAGAGCAAAAAGACUGAAUAUGUCAAGACUAUGCAACAAUACAACAUGAAACUGGCUAAUGGAACCAAAACAACUGGAGAUGAUGACUCUGACAAGUCCAAAUCUGAAGUCAACGAUGAGGGAGAAGGUGCAAGUGAAGAGGCAAGUCCUCCAUUGUUUUGGUCUCUCUUGAUUUUGUUGUUACUCUAA